CGUGGACCACCAUAAAUAUGACGACCACAGCUGUCCCGAGAGCUACAAGGCUGAUGUUCGAAUUCCAGUAUGUCCCCUAUGUAACCAACCGGUCCCCAGUAAGAGAGGCGAGGCUCCUGAUCUUGCUGUUAACGAUCAUAUGGAGAAUAACUGUAAAAAUAAAAACAAAAAGAUUUAUACUAACAAAUGCUCAGCAAAUGGUUGCAAGACUAAGGAGAUGGUUCCUGUUUCCUGCAAUGCCUGUGGCCUGAACUACUGCUUACGACACAGGCACACUACUGACCACGACUGCAAAGGGCCUGCAACGUCACGAGAUAAAGCAGCUAAAGCCGCCAUGUCACGCAGCAGCACUAGUAGAGGGCAGAGCAAUGGCAGCGUCUCUCGUGGCCUCAGCAGCUUAGCCGAUGCAAGUGCCCAAGGUAUCAGGAGGUACUUCUCCCCUUCCCCAUCAUCCACCGGACCCAGGCCGACUGGGCACUCACAGCAGCACCAGAGACAGCCGGUCCGAACACCGCCCAGCGUGUCGUCACUCCAGGGAGGAAUGUCAGAGGACGAAGCCUUGGCCCGUGCAAUGGCAGCCUCUGUACAGGAUGCCAACAAGGCACCACGACCACAGCAGCAACAGCCAUCUCGAACUAGUCCCCAGGAAAGUGAGGAUGAACAGCUGGCCCGAGCUAUUGCCGCUAGCUUAGAGGAAACUUCUGCACAGUCUGCAUCACGGAACCAGCAAGGCAAUAACAGCAGCAACUGUAAUGUUUGUUGAGGGAAUGCAGGAACUAUCUCAGGAAUACAUUUGGGUUUUAAAGUAUACGUGGUUUGCCUAAGUUAAAAAGGAGAAGCUGUUAUAUGAAUUAAUGAGGAUUUUUAAAAACUGUGGUCAGUUGUUAUUUUUGAGUAUGGUUGUAUAUGUUUGCAUGUACUUGUGUGGAUGUGAGUGUGCAUUUUAAUACACAUAUGUUUUUCACUUUGAAUACUCCUAGGAUGUAUUUUGGUUAUAUACGUAAUGCCAGUUUUCUUUGACAUAAACUUUGCAAAGAUUUUUGUUUUUUGACAGAAGUAAUCUUUCUUGAUUUUAAAUAUGAUUUGUAUGUGUGUAAUCUGUUACCUGAAAUUAGUACAGAGUUACCAUUUAAGAAGAACUGAUACCUGAAAGUUGGCUUUGUAAAUUUUAUACAUACUUUGUCAAAAUCAAAAAUUACAGAAAUAAAUAGCCAUCAGAAUUUUAUUUUUCAGAAUUGCUGGAUUGAUUUUAUUGCUCAUGAACAAUAUAUUCUAAUUUUGAUUUGUUUUCCUUCUAUUAUUUAUUAUUGCUAUAACUUUUCCUCAGAAUAUAGUCAAAGAACAUACAAUAUAUACCAUCUAUAUAACAUCAUCAAACCCUAAUUCAUGCUUUAAUGUCCUGUGGUGUAAUUGAAUAAUGAGAGGAUUGUAUCACGCUCAGUCACUCUUGCUUAGUCAUACAUAACUUCAUUCACUUCAUUCACCUGUGUACACCUAUAUGUUCUUACACACACUUUCUCACCCACACAUAUAAUUUGAUUAUAAUGCCUCUAUUAUAUAAGAAAAAUAAACUUGAAAAUGAAGAAACAGAUACAUAUGUAUAUAAUAACUCCCUUAUAUAUAGAUUAUUCUUACAAUGGGAUUCAAGGAAACUAUAAUUGCUGUUAUUGCAAAGUUCAUCCACUACCUUGAGGCAGACCCCAUCUGUGGACCAAAUUUACAGACACACUUGUUUAUGAUUUUGUUAGAAAUUUGUAUUUUAGGAAUAUGAAAAAUAAAUUUCAAAAAGCGAAAAAUUUUGAAUCGUACUGUAAGGUUAUAUUGUAUAUUUUUUCUCUAUUCUGCCUAAUUGCAAAUAUGAAUAUUGUUGGUGUGUAUGAUUGAUGCUUACAAACUUUUGCUGCAUGAUCAGUAUUUUUUUUUUUUUUUUUUUUUUUUUUUUUUUUUUUUUUUUUUUUUUUUUUGCAGUGAGAGAAAUUUAAGGUUUUUGAAAUUGCAUGAGAUGUAGAAUUUAUAAACCAAAUUAAAGUCAUGUAGAAGUGUUGUGGAGAUCUUUAGUUCAAAUAACUCUUGCAAAUGCACGCUCAGUUCACUUCUCUCGACAAAUACUUUUUGUGAUAUUUUGGUCGACUGUGGUCCUCUUGUGUAGAUAUCAAUUUGAGAUGUAACUCCAGUAAAGGGAAAGAAAAAAGUUCCUUAAAAAGCUCACACAUUAUCAAUUUUUUGUUUUUUUCACAAUAUAUAAGUAAUAAAAUUGCCUUGGUUGCCUUGGUAUCUACUUCAGUACAUUUUAGUGAUGUGUGUAUAUAUAUAGUAUUUUUUUCAAUUUUAAAUUCUGUUCAUUGUGAUCUUAAUGUUGACUAGAUGUAAAUAGUAAUUACACUUUGUUUUGGUUUGGUGUAUUACUUAAAGAGUUUUGUAGUCAGAAUAUUUACAGUUUUGUUCCCAUUACAUUCACAGUUAAAAGAUAAUAUCCUCAAUAUUUUCAAUUAGGGGUGUGUGAAAUAGCCUUUUUGUGUAGUAGCAGAUAAAUUUUAUAUCAGACUAGCUUUGAGUGAGUGAGUGAGUGAGUGAGUGAGUGAGUGAGUGAACGUGUGUGCAUGUGUGUGCAUCUGUGGCUGUGUACAUUUUCAUUAUACAAGAGAUCAAGAUAGCUAUGCUGUACAACACAUUGUUCUAAUAGUUAAAACUUUUACCUGUGUACUUCACUUAUAGAUUUUGUAGCAAUAUCAUGUUUUUGUAUCACUGCCAUUGAUGUCCUUAACAUUUGCUUACAAUUUUGAAUAUUUGAUAUUUACCAGUUUCAAUUAUACUCAGGAAUUAUAAUGUAUUUUGCUUCUCAGUGUUGUAUUGAGUGGGUUUGUGUCACAGCUCAGAAUUCUCCUGAAGGUGUUACGGGCACAUGUGUUGUUAACACUAGGUUUAUCUUAAGCAUGUUUAUUGAUUGUCCUCUGGAGAAGCUUGUUCUCUGAAGUGCCUCUUCUUAUAGAUCUGUAUUUAUGAACAUGCCUGAAACAGGAAGAACAGUGAAGUAGUGGGAGGUCCACAUAAGCUGAUUACAUGCACAUAUAUCCAUGCAGAUAUACACACACGCACACAACUUAAACUUUUGGGUCCGAAUGAAAGUGAAUCACAGAAUUUUUAUAAAUAUAUAAUUUAAACUGUUGAUGUUGGGAUAACAUUCUUACAUGCCAUAUCCUCUUCUGUUUUGCUGACACAUAGUAGUUGUCUCCACAGCUGCUUAGUCACCAUGGAGUUGGUUGCAAGGUCUACAUUAUCCCCAUGGUCUUUGAAUUUUGGGAAAGAAAAGUUUAGAUUUUUAUUACUCUUAGUAUUGUUGAUAGAAAUACCAGCAACAAUAAUAGUAAUAUUUGUAAUGAUAAUGACAUUUAUAAUGAUAAUAAUAGUAUUAAAAAAACCCCUUAAGAAUUGAGAAUUGAGAUCAGAUAAGCAUGCUAAUUGUUUCAUUGGUAACUAAGCACUUGUGAACCCAUCUAUGUGUAAGCAGAACAAAAUGAAUCUAUGAAGAGCCAUUCAAGUAUAUGAUGCCAAUAGGUUAAAGAUACUAUUAAGACUCAAACUACAAGUGGAAUAUUUCUUUUUUUUUGGGGGGGGGGGGUUAUUUACUUACGUGAGCACCCAUAUUUGAUGGUAUUUGUAUUGUAUUAACUGCCUGAACUAGGAAGUACUUAUUCUUAUUUUCACUAACAGAUAGUCAUAUUGUUGUACAUGGUAUAACUAUGAACAGCUGAUGUGUAUUAUGGGCAGUUUUUGCAUUCCUUUGCUACAUGAUGGAUUGGACAUCACAGAAACAAAUGGGAGCUGACAUUUUUUUCAUGUUAAGUAGCAGUAGCGUAUGAGUGAAUAUAGAAAUGUUAGUUUAAAAGAAGACAUGAAUAAUUGGAAAGGGAUGCUUAGAAUGCAUUAUUUUUGUUGUGUGUUUACUUAAGAUGAGUUAUGCCAAAGAUUGAGGUAAAUUAAAUUUGUUUAUUGUGAUGUAUUUGCACUUUUUUGUAAUGUACAAUUAGUGUGGUAAAAAAAAAUAUAUUUUUCCAUAUAUAACAAUAGGAAAUAUUUGUAUAUGGAUUGUUUCCUUAA